AUGGCAUUCAAAGACAGUACAAAAAAGAGUGAGAAACAAAAACAAUCUCCAAGUGAAAUUAUAGCAGAUAUUCCACCUCUGAAAGAUGUCAAAUUUAAUUCUAUGAAAGCUCUUCAUCGCCUGCCAGCUGUCAAUCUACCUAAUAAUAUUGAUCCACAGAGUCCAUAUGCUCUAUUCUCUCUCUAUAUCUCAGAGGCAGAUAUUCAGAAUAUUACAAGCUCCACCAAUGCCUAUGCAGAGAUACAGAUCUCAAGGAAUCCAGCUCUCAAUCCUUGA